GGGUCGAGUGGCACGAUGGCCAAUUCGUGUGUUGGAGUCGCUGACGUUUUAGCUGCUGCAUUCGACCCCCGGAAAAGAAGAUGUACGACGCCAUCAUUGUCGGCGCUGGCCUCGCCGGACUGCAGGCCGCAUUGACGCUCCGGCAAGCGGGACUCAAAUAUCUUGUCCUUGAGGCACGCGAUCGUGUAGGCGGCAAGACCUUGACUCUCAAGGCGAGCGAUGGCACCAUCAAGUCCGAUCUUGGCGCCGCUUGGAUCAAUGACACCAACCAGAGUCGAAUGUGGGAAUUGGCCCAGGACCUCGGACUGCAUACGUUCACGCAGAACACGACGGGAGAUGUCGUUGUGCAGGAUUCUGAUGGCAGUCUGGUGAAAUUCCCAUAUGGUGAUGUGCCGAAGUAUCCGUCAGCACAAGAUACCGACUCAUGCGUGGCUAUCCGAGACCUGGUCCAGAAGCUGUCAAUCGGCACCUCCCCGUCCAUUUUCUCAGCAGGCCCUCACCGCCAACAUCUCGACUCGAUGUCAUUCGAAGCAUUCCUUCGUGAAUCAAAGGUCACCGACAAAGCGUUCGCAACCGCCCAAGUCUGGACGCACGCCAUGCUCGGAGUUGAUCCGUCCGAGGUGUCGGCCUUGUGCUUCAUCGAAUACUGCGCCGCUGGCGGCGGCCUGAUGACCAUGCGUUCCGACUGCAAGGAUGGCGGGCAGUACUUGCGUAUCCGCGAGGGUACACAAGCAUUCUGCACGGGCAUGGCUGCGAAGCUGAAAUCGGGAUGUCUCAAACUGAACAGCCCUGUCGUUGGUAUCACCCAGAAACCGGACGACUCGGUGUCUGUGUCAACGAAAGCCCCAGACGGGCAGACGUAUCAGGCUCGCAAAGUCAUCAUCUCGAUUCCCACGCCAGUGUUCAAGACGAUAGCAUUCUCUCCACCUCUUCCCGCCGCCAAAGCCGCCGUGGUCAAUCAUACGCGGUAUGGCUUCUAUACGAAGUAUAUCAUCAGCUUCACCAAGCCCUUCUGGGUGGAGAAAGGCUUCUGCGGUCUAGCGCAGUCAUUCAUCGGUCCGGUAUCUGUGAUCCGCGACACCAGCAUCGGGGACGAUAAUUACUGCUUGACUUGCUUUGUCGGCGGGAAGUUUGGUCGAAAGUGGGCAGCGCAGGAUGAUGAAGUGAAGAAAGCCUCGGUACUGAAACAGAUCGGCGACAUCUUCGCUGAUGGUCGGGACAUUACGCCGUUCUUCAAGGAGGUAUAUGAGUCACCUUGGAUGAAUGAGGAGUAUUCUGGGUUUGGAUGUCCAUGCCCGUCUAUGCCACCUGGAGUGCUUGGUGAAGGAUGGGAUGCGUUGUGUGCACCCGUGGGCAAUUUACAUUUUGUCGGCACGGAGUUUAGUAGGGUCUGGAGAGGGUAUAUGGAGGGUGCAGUCCGGACGGGCGAGAGUGGUGCUAUGACUGUUAUACAGGAGUUGAAGGGAGGGCAAAUUGGGAUGAGCGCGAAGUUAUAGUUGGAUGUGCAAUGCCUACUCCGUACCUAAGGUAGGUAGCAAACAACUUGAAACAGGCCUCUUCCUCACAAACCUGAAGUCUUUGUACUUU